AUGACAAGAGGCCAAAAAAGACAGCUAAGAGGAGGAAAAGACAGAAGGCAGUGCGCGCCUGUAGAACAAGGGGUUACAGCAGACAAUGCAGCGGACUGCUUUCGGUUCCUGCCUAGGUACAGAGUGCUGAUCUGCAGCAGGUACACUUGGGUCUGGGAGCCCGACCAAGUGCAGCUCCCUCCGGCUAGGAGUCCCGCGUUAGAAGAGCUUGGGAGGCCGCUAGCAGCGUUACAAUGCACUAAGGGGGGGUGCGAGUAUAUCAGCAUCAACCAGGACGCGCUACGGAAGCAUUGGGCAGACGCGCACACCACUGCCUGGGUUGGGGACACAAGCCAGCUGUACAAGAAGGCCAAGCUAGAAGAAUACAAGGCGACGCAAGAGGCGCUUGAAGGUCAAGCGCAGGUCAUGGACGCGCAGGCCGCCAAAACAGACAAGACCGGCUGGUUCAAUCGCACAGGAUGGCUAGAGCAUCUCGCCAACCGCAACCUAGCCCAUCUCGCACACCAGAUCCGGCUACCAGGGCGAGACAAGGUACGGCUAAAGCAGGCCGCGAAUCUUGUAGAGUCCUUAAUUAAGAGGAGUGUGGCUAGGCUGUCAACGCUCGCGCGGGAGACGAGGCGUUGGCUGAGGAGCGCAAAGCGGAUAGAGCCCGACCAGCGGCCGCUUGCUCGACUGCAGAACCCAGAGAGUCAGGCGCAGUAUGCCGGAUACAUGGUCAAGUUCGUCUGCUACCUGCUACGCAUUGUAGCUAACGAGCAGGCAAGGAUGAUGAGGCAAAACGACAGUAGUAGUGAGGGCAGCGACGCACAGACCGACGAAGGUGAGGACGGUAGUGCCAGCGGCGACGACAGCGACAUCACCACUCGACGAUACCAACAUCACCCUAUCCACCGCCGCAGGACGAAGCUGUUUAGCAGCGGGUUUGUCUACUUUCUGGCCGUGCUUGGCAUUGAUGCCACGGCCCGGCGACUGCGCAGGGCGAAACACUACUCAUACAUGCUCGCCGGCGUAGCAUACUGCAUACGCGUGUUGGGCGUUGAGAAGCUGCUUCCGUCAGCUGAGCGCAGCAAGCAGACUAACAAGGACCUCUAAUAAGCUAAGUAAUUAGCUUGCUGGCGUAUAGAAAGCAUGUUGCGUUGACAGACAGCAACUCAGGCAGCGCGUACUAGUCUAAGGACAAGAAGAUCUUCUACUUAAACAGCUAACCCAUCUACAUUAGCCAGUUCCGCAAGAUGGCUCAGGACAUGGUAGUUAAAGUAGAGGAGAUGUUGUGGCAGGAGCUAAUAUGGCUUAAAGAGGCUAAAGAGCGGUUUGCCAUUGAUCUAGCGCACGUAGUGGACGAAGUAACUUUCACGCAGCAAGGCUAGUGGUUUGCAGAGCAGCGCGAGAAC